AUGGGAUUGAGGGCAAGAGGGUUCAAGAUUGGCAUGAACAAAGAUGUUGGUCAUAAGAAUGAUUUAUGUAAAAAAUAUUGUGAUAAAAAAGGGCGAUUGCCAUUAGUGAUGUUAGAAAAUCAAAUUAGGGAGGAUAAAGAGGGUGGAAACGAUUUUAAAGUUCGUUUUGUAUUAUUUGUGUUGGGUGCAUUAUUGUGCCCAACAAUGAAGCUUUUUGUGAAUCGCUCUUUCUUACAUCUUGUGGAAGACAUCGAUUCAAUAAAGAAGAUGAAUUGGGCAGAAUUUGUGUUGUCCUAUCUUGUGCACGGGAUUGAAGAGUUUAAGAAGAAACAACAAAGUGGGGUUUGCGGUUGCUUAUUGUUUUUAAUGUUAUUCUACCACGAGCAUAUAUCGUUUGAAGAGAAAUUCCUACCGCUAUAUACUCGACCUUCUCCUCGGAUUACUGCUUGGGGAGAUGAUGAAGUAUUGGACAGGAAACGAAGAUUGAAAAAACUUGGUGGAUAUGCAAAUGAGAAUCUCAAAAUAUGGGUGAUAGAAAAUGAGAUAAGGGAUUGCGUUGAUGGAAAUGCAACGACAAUGGCGAGUGAGAAUGAGGACGAUGAGAAAUUUGUAUCCAAUCUAAACAAAGAUGUUAUUAAACGAGUUGAUGGUGGGAACUUAAUGGAGAUGGAUAAAACCUUUCAACAAUUAAAGACACAUCUACUUGAUAUGGCUUAUGGUGCAAGUAGUAGUAGUUGUGAUCAAAUUUUGGCUAAAUUUGAGGAGAAUUAUACUACAGUGAAAGGUCUCUUCCUUAGGUCAAGCGGAAAACCUUUGAGAAUGCACGAGGAAGGAACGAAGAAUGACAUGCUCUCAUGCGAGAGAAGUUUGGAAGAUACGAACAAUAUGAAUGUGAAUGAACAUUAUCUUCACACUUCGUCAAAUGAGAAGUUAUGCACCGAGGACUUGAAUGAAAAGAAUGAAGAUGAACCAUUACGAGCACUAUGUGGUUAUCCUAAUCAUGUCAUGAAAACACGUUCAUCAAGGGAGAGGAAACCAAGUAAAUUCAAGGUCUCCCCGUUUGUACAGAAAUCAAGGAAGAUGGUAAAACGUGACGCAUCAGAGGUAUAA